AAAGUCAAUCAGUUUGCAAUAUUGGGCUUGGCCACAAGACGAGAAUGCACAGAGGGGCGCGGCUUAUUUAUAACUCUUGCCACCUUGCACCAGGUUUCAGUCGUCCACAAGUUUAAAAAAUGACAGUGUUAACGUGCGUUACGUGCCUACUUUUUUUUAUUACAUUAAGUUCGGGCCAACUCCCACCUCGACUAAACAUCCCGGGGGCUAUUUUAGUCCCCCAAGGCAGACCAGCUCCCUUCAGACAGCAAAGGAUCCAAAAUGAGGGCCCCCCACCUCGAUUGAGACGACCUCCACCAAUAACUAACGCAGUCCCAGCCCCUGUCCGACCUGUUGUCGAAGAACCAGAAGAAGAAAACAUCCCAAUAAAUAAUAACAGUAAUUUUGACGAUGAAGUCAACAAAUUGGGACUUUCGGUUCUCCAAUCAGCAGUUGGGCAAGCUGUAGCUGCACCUGAGGAGGAACAACGUCAGGUGCACUUUAGACCGGAACGACCUGUUCCUGUUUUGAGGCAAGAUAUCCGCGAAAAUGUGCCCCAAGCACCCGUUUUGAGGCAGGAACACCGCCAAAGUGUCCCACGGCCGUUAUUGAGGGAGGACGUGCCUGUGAGGCAGCCCCAGCCGGUGAGGCACACUCAAGUGCGCCAGCACGUUCCAACACCGCCGCCCCCGCCCCCAGUGCGUCAGCCCACCCGCGGGCACCACCCCGCCCGCCAACCCUCGCAAUACCUCGACGAAGACGGCGUCCGUCAAAGAACCCGUAAACCCCCAGUACAAAUUUUGCGCAAAUACCGAACUGAUAAUCCCGAUGGUAGCAUAACCUGGGGCUACGAGAAUGAAGAUGGUACGUUUAAGGAAGAAACGUUGGGGAUUGAUUGUGUAACACGGGGGAAGUACGGUUACGUCGACCCUGAUGGUGUCCGCAGGGAAUACACGUACGAAACGGGGAACAAAUGCGAUGAACCGGAAGAAGACGAAGAUUUACCGCCCGAAAGACAACAAAUUCAGACACAGCCCAGGAAGCCCCAAUUCAGGCCUGGACCUUAGGUUUAGUGUUAAAUUAAAUGCCAUUAUUUGUUAAAAAUAAUAAAUUAGGAAUUAUAUAUAACUGGUUGCCUGACCAUGUUUGGUUACUACGGGUUACCACUAUCAACAACACAAAAGGAAAAAUAAAAAUGCCAAAUAAA